AUGGAUCUUGGAGAAUGGCGUAUUCAUGGCAAUGAGAACAUAACUCUCAAAAGGAUACGAAAACAAACUCAUGUCUAUCUUAAUCAAUCAGAAGUUCGAAGACGAAUGGAGAAAGUAGCCAAGAUUCUAGUGAGGAAUCGACAAGAGAGGUCUAGAACUGAAAAAUGGGACGUUGUGGCUACGGGUCACAGAUUUCACUGUCCUCGGUGCCGUAAUGAAGAGACGAUCUUUACAAGGGAAGAAUAUUUUAAGACUCAUCUUUGUGAGGCUCAUGAGUUUUCUAGUACCCCGAAGGAAUCUGUUGAGGAACGUAGACUGAAGAAGGCGAUUCGAGAUGGGAGAAUCUUACAUGCGGAUUAA